AUGAAUCAUCGAGUUAUCAAAUUGCCACAAACAUCCAACAGUGGUAUUGCUGAUGGUGGUAAUCAAAGUGAUACUUCGACAACAUCAGGAAGUCGUGAUUCCGAUAAUGCAAGUGUCAUAUACAAUCCAACUAUUGAUGAUGCAAAUUCAUUAGCAGAUAAUUCAACUAUUAAAGAUAAAAAAGCUCCACCAUUGCCACCUGUACGAACAAAUAGUCACCUGGAGACAACAUUUGAUUCUAAUUGUGGUGUAACAACAUCAGAAAUUACAACUCCUUCAAAGAGUAAUAUUACUGCUACAUUUCCUGGAUCAGAUCUUGAAGGAAUUCCACCAAUGGAACCAAUUAUACCAUUAGUACCACCACCUUAUAAUGUUGUUCUAAAAAAUGGGAAAACAUAUCGACAAAAUACUCAUCCAUCUGCUACGAGAAAUGGAUCACUUCGAGAUAGUUCAACAAGUGAUGAUUCAUUAGAUUCCAUUUCAACAACUAUCCGAUGCGCAGUACCACAUCAUCCAUCCGGUUAUUUAUCUGAAGGUGAAUCAUUAUUUACCGGUAAUGCCACCGUUCCAGAAUUAUCAAUGGCUGAUGUUAGCAAUGGUUAUAUGAGUGAAGGUGGAAUUACGGUAUAUGCUCGUAAAAUGCAGGCACGUUUUAAAGAAGGACUUGAAGCAGUACGAAAUUCUAUGCAACAACGUAAUCAUGAUUUCAAUGAUAGGUUCGUUCAUUAA